UCUAAUUUAUUGCUUGGGAUGCGUCCUUCACAAGCUUAACAAAACACCAGACCAGACCGUCCGAUCUUUCGGUGCGAGAGACCAAAGAUUGGCAAUCCGUGUUUUGAAAAGACGAUCCUAACAAAUUCGAGUCUCUGAUUUCGUCAGUGAAAGUCCAAUUUUUAGGUUAAACCAGGGGAAAAAAAAAUGGGAGUCUCGAUGGAAACGACGACCGAUGAUGAGUUCAUGAACACCGAUUCGGAGCCAAGAUCCAGAACAACUCCGAGGCUAUUCAUCAGAGAAAUGGUGCUCAGGAACUUCAAGUCUUACGCCGGUGAGCAACGCGUUGGCCCCUUUCACAAGAGUUUUUCGGCAGUGGUUGGUCCAAAUGGUAGCGGGAAGAGCAACGUGAUUGAUGCUAUGUUAUUCGUAUUUGGAAAGCGAGCUAAGCAGAUGCGCCUUAACAAAGUGUCGGAGCUUAUCCACAAUUCAACUAAUCACCAGAAUCUAGACAGUGCUGGUGUAUCAGUUCACUUUCAGGAGAUUAUUGAUUUGGUUGAUGGGACAUAUGAAGCUGUUGAAGGAAGUGACUUCACAAUAACACGCGUUGCGUUUCGAGAUAACUCUUCCAAGUACUACAUUAAUGACCGUUUGAGUAACUUUACGGAGGUUACCAAGAAGCUGAAAGGGAAGGGAGUGGACUUGGACAAUAAUCGUUUUUUGAUACUUCAGGGUGAAGUUGAACAGAUAUCACUGAUGAAGCCAAAGGCUCAAGGACCACACGAUGAAGGUUUUCUUGAAUAUCUCGAGGACAUAAUUGGAACAAACAAAUAUGUUGAAAAAAUUAAUGAGUCAAGUAACGAGCUAGAAGCCCUUAAUGAGAGAAGGUCUGGGGUGGUGCAAAUGGUUAAAUUAGCAGAGAAAGAAAGAGAUGGCCUGGAGGAUGUGAAAAAUGAAGCAGAAGCCUUCAUGUUGAAGGAGUUGUCUCUGUUGAAAUGGCAAGAAAAAGCCGCAAAACUGGCAUCUGAAAAUACUAGUGCUCAAAUGGUGGGAAUGCAAGCAAAUGUGUCCACCUUGGAAGAAAAUCUAAAAAUUGAAAGGGAGAAGAUUAGAGAAAAUAAUAAGACAUUGAAGGAGCUUGAGGCUUUGCACAUGAAGUAUAUGAAAAAACAAGAGGAACUUGAUAGUGGACUCAGACAUUGUAAGGAGGAGUUCAAAGAGUUUGAAAGGCAGGAUGUGAAAUACAGAGAAGAUCUAAAGCACAUGAAACAAAGGAUUAAGAAACUUGACGAUAAAAUUGGGAAGGUAUGGGUACAAAUCAAUUUACUCCGUAGGAAAAACCUUGGUGUUGCUACUUUACUGGAGGAAGAUAUUCCUAAACUGCAAAAACUUUUGUUGGAAGAGGAGAAAGUCUUGGAGGAAAUUAAAGAGAACUCUAAAGUUGAAACUGAGAUGUUCCGUGGAGAGCUUGCAAAGGUUCGUGCAGAACUAGAACCUUGGGAUAAACAAUUAAUUGAGCACAAGGGAAAACUUGAAGUUGCAUGUACUGAAAGCAAACUUUUGAAUGACAAGCAUGAAGGUGGUCGUGCUGCUUAUGAGGAUGCUCAAAAGCAGAUGCAUGACAUACAGAGGAAAAUUGAAACAAAGACUUCAAGCAUCAGAAACAUUCAGAGUGAACUAGAGAAAAAAAAGCUUGAGGCAUUGGAAGCUCGUAAAGUGGAACAGGAUUGUCUCAGAGAACAAGAAGCAUUAAUUCCUCUUGAACAAACUGCGAGGCAAAAGGUCUCAGAGCUUUUGUCUCUCAUGGAAUCUGAAAGGAGUCAGGGAUCUGUAUUGAAAGCGAUAUUGCAAGCAAAAGAUACAAAUGAGAUACAGGGUAUUUAUGGUCGAAUGGGUGACCUAGGUGCCAUUGAUGCAAAAUAUGAUGUGGCCAUAUCAACAGCAUGUCCUGGACUUGAUUAUAUUGUUGUGGAAACAACUAGUGCAGCUCAAGCAUGUGUGGAGUUACUCCGUAGGAAAAACCUUGGUGUUGCUACUUUCAUGAUUUUGGAGAAACAAGUUGAUCAUUUGCCUAGAAUGAAGGAGAAAGUAAGCACCCCAGAGGGAGUUCCUCGGCUUUUUGAUUUGAUUAAAGUUCAAGAUGAGAGAAUGAAACUUGCUUUCUUUGCAGCAGUGGGGAACACUGUCGUAGCUGAAAAUAUUGAUCAGGCAACACGUAUUGCAUAUGGUGGAAACAAAGAGUUUCGGCGUGUAGUAACACUUGAUGGUGCUUUAUUUGAAAAAUCUGGAACUAUGAGUGGUGGGGGAAGUAAGCCACGUGGUGGUAAAAUGGGUACAGCUAUCCGAGCCACCAGUGUUUCUGCAGAAGCUGUUGCAAAUGCUGAGAAUGAGCUUUCUGCAAUGGUUGGAAAACUGAGCAACAUACGUCAAAAAAUAGCUGAUGCAGUGAGGCAGUACCAGGCCUUGGAAAAGACCAUUUCACAUUUGGAGAUGGAAUUAGCCAAAAGCCAGAAAGAGAUUGACAGUUUGAAUACACAACAUGUUUAUGUUGAAAAACAACUGGAUUCUCUGAAGGCUGCAUCAGAGCCAAGGAAGGAUGAGCUUGAUAGGCUAGAGGAACUCAGGAAAAUUAUAUCUGCAGAAGAGAAGGAGAUUGACAGGCUUACACAGGGUUCAAAACAGCUGAAGGAGAAGGCUUUGGAGCUUCAGAGUAAAAUAGAGAAUGCAGGUGGCGAAAGAUUGAAAACCCAGAAGUUGAAGGUCAGCAAGAUCCAGACUGAUAUUGACAAGAGCAGCACAGGUAUCAAUCGCCACAAAGUUCAGAUAGAAACAGGUCAAAAGAUGUUAAAGAAAUUAACGAAGGGAAUUCAGGAAUCAAAGAAGGAGAAAGAACAACUUAUUGCAGAGAAAGAGAAGUUGCUUGCCACUUUCAAAGAAAUAGAACAGAAGGCGUUUACUGUUCAAGAGAAUUAUAAGAAAACCCAGGAGCUUAUUGAUCAACAUAAAGAUGUGCUGGAUAAAGCAAAAUCUGACUACGAAGAACUGAAAAAAGCUGUGGACGAAUUGCGGGCAUCUGAGGUUGAUGCUGACUACAAGUUACAAGAUAUGAAGAAGGCCUAUAAAGAGUUGGACAUGAAAGGGAAAGGAUACAAGAAAAGGCUCGAUGAUUUGCAUAUGGCUUCCUUGAAGCAUAUGGAACAAAUUCAGAAAGAUUUAGUGGACCAAGAAAAGCUUCAAGCAACACUGACAGAUGAAGCUCUUUCUGGGGCUUGUGACUUAAAGAGGGCCCUUGAAAUGGUGGCACUGCUUGAAGCACAACUGAAAGAGAUGAACCCAAAUCUCGAUUCAAUCUCAGAAUACCGAAGAAAAGUUUCCUUGUACAAUGAACGUGUAGAGGAUCUCAACUUGAUAACCCAACAGCGCGAUGAUAUAAAGAAACAAUAUGAUGACUGGAGAAAGAAAAGGUUGGAUGAGUUCAUGGCAGGAUUUAACACAAUCUCUCUAAAGCUGAAGGAAAUGUAUCAGAUGAUUACUCUUGGAGGUGAUGCAGAACUUGAGUUAGUGGACUCAUUGGAUCCUUUCUCUGAAGGUGUUGUUUUCAGUGUUAGGCCACCUAAAAAGAGCUGGAAGAAUAUUUCAAACUUAUCGGGUGGUGAAAAGACACUCAGCUCAUUAGCUCUUGUUUUUGCUCUCCACCACUACAAACCUACCCCACUUUAUGUUAUGGAUGAGAUUGAUGCUGCUCUGGAUUUUAAGAAUGUUUCUAUUGUGGGACAUUAUGUGAAAGAUCGUACAAAGGAUGCACAAUUUAUAAUCAUCAGCCUUAGGAACAACAUGUUUGAGUUGGCAGAUCGACUUGUUGGAAUCUACAAAACUGAUAACUGCACUAAGAGCAUUACCAUUAACCCAGGCAGUUUUGUGGUUUGUGGAAAAGCUGCGUAAGGAGGGGCAUUCACAAACUAUUCUGAUUUGCAUGAAACUUCAGUGCCAUGCUAUGGUUCUGUUUUCUCUAGGCAUUAAAGUCUCAUCAAUGCCUGGAGCUUGUGAAUAAGAAUUGCCUAUAUAUUGACCAACAUUGUGAUAUGUAUUCCAUGUUGUAUUUGAAUCCUUUUUGGCUAAUUAUUCUCUGUAAGGAUAUGAUGAAUAUAAUUAACAAAAAAUUUAAUGCUUGCAAAUGUAUUAA